CAUGAAAGUCUUCAUUUUUAUACUGACAUUCUCAUCUCUUUCUUAUCUUAGCGCUGAUUUAUUUACAGCCAAUGCGGGACUUCAAGCUUUAUCUAAAAGCGAGGGUAAACUCUUUAUUGGAUUGAAAGAAUAUAUUAAAGUGGAGCAAGAACGCCUGAAAGUAUUGAGAAAUCAAAUCGACGAUAUGAAGACGAAAGGGUUUGCUAAAAAGUUCACUGGAGACGCUCUUCAAUUUGUAGGUCAUCCAAUCAAUGCUUUCCACGUUAUUCGGCAUUUUACAAAGUUUUGGGAUUCAAUUAGUAAAGAUUCCGCCGUUCCAGCUAACGCUCACAUUUUGGAAAAUAGCUGGGUUUGGGCAAAUCUUGCUGACGAAUCUCGCAAACCUACGAUUAACGAUUAUUACGGAGCUGCAAGGGCAAUUUUAAGAUUACAAGACAUUUAUAACAUUCCUAUUGACGAAAUUGUAAACGGUAGCAUCAUGGGUCAAACUGUUGGGGAUCUGUCAGCUUUAGAUUGUUUUGAACUAGGAGUUUCAGGGCUUCAAACUGGAAAAUAUGAACAAACAAUUAGAUGGCUUAAAAAAAGUCUUGAAAAAGCUGAAGAAGAUGAUGAAGACCCACCAAAAGAUACUAGAAGAUUAAUAGCUCAAGCUUAUUAUCAUAUGGGAAUGAUUGAAGAAGCAAAGAAAGAGGCAUUGAUUGCAUAUAACCAAGAUUCUAUGAAUUUACCCCUAUAUUCGGAAUUGGGCUUAUAUAGAGAACUUUCAUCAAAGAAUAAGAUUGAUAAUGAAAAAUAUGAAAAAUUCUUAGAGUUAAAUAACAAUACUAAAUUGAAUCAAUAUAGACAUUAUUGUCAAAAAGGACCAUCAGUCGAUCCAAAACAAGCAUCCAAAUUGCAGUGUAGAUUUAAGAAAUUAAAAAAUAAUCCGUUUGAAGUUUACAAAAUUGAAAUUAAAUCGUAUGACCCAUGGAUAGCUAUAAUACACGAUAUAGUUACCGAUAAAGAAGCCGAGAAGAUAAUCCAACUUUCAAAACCAUACCUGAAAAGAUCUAAAGUUGGAGGAAAUACAAAUAAUCAAUUUUCUGAGAUACGUAUUUCUCAAAUAGCCUGGCUGUAUGACGACCUUGAUCCCUUUAUCAAUAAAAUAUCAGACAGACUUACGGCUGCGACUGGCUUAGAUGCUCAUAAGUCAGCCGAACCUUUACAGGUAGCUAAUUAUGGCUUAGGGGGACAGUAUGAAUUACAUGAGGAUGCCUUCGGCAAUAAUACAACUAGGCCGGGGGAUUUACCUGGAGAUAGGAUAUAUACUUUGAUGAUUUAUCUAAGUGAUGUUGAAAAAGGCGGAAGUACCAUUUUCCCUAAUUCUAAGGUGAAUCUUGAACCGAUUAGAAAUGCUGCUGCAGUUUGGUUCAACAUGAACAAGGCUGGCUCUGCUGACACAAGACUACUACAUGGAGGCUGUCCAGUUAUUUACGGAACAAAAUGGGUGGCUAAUAAAUGGUUCCGUUCAGUAGGACAAGAAUUUACAUAUCCUUGUGGCUUAACUGAACAGGAGGUGGAUAAUAGUUAUUAUGAAGGAAUAGAUACUGAUAAUCCGAACGACGCUUUGGAUAAUUACUACUUGUUUGAUGAAUUUCAAAAUGAAAAUGAACUUUUUGAUAGUUUAUCAUUUUCUGAUCUAGUUUCUCAAUGUGUUCUAGUUACUCUACAACAAAUAUGGUCUGAUAUUGGUCCUCUUUUAGGCCUCUGUUUUAUCCAGAAAAUAACUGUUAGACUUUUAAUAAAACUUUUAAAGAACGUUUCCUGUAGCGAACUUUAUAUGGUUUCACCUCAAAAGUGGCAUCAAGUUCGAGGUUCUCAAAUGAUCCUUUCUAUGAAACUAAUCUCAUUAUCUAUCGACCUUGACAAUAAUCAAAUUAUCUUGCCAAAGUUUAUAAGCUUUCUUGGAUACACUCUUCACACCGGAAGUGUAAUAUUUGGUCCAUGGAUCUCCUUUCAACAGUAUACUUCAAAUAUAUCAACAAGGGAGAAAAAAUCUGACAGAGAAUGGGUUUUUAAACUAUUUAAAAGUCUAACUCUAUCUCAAAUUUUUCUUGCAAUAUCGACAUGUUUACUCCAAUGGAUUAUACCUGAUGAUACAAAUAAAUGGUUAUUAGCUUAUCGAGAUGCGCAGUCAUUCAGAUUUAGCCAUUACUUCGUUUGCUUUUUCUCGGAAUGUACUCUACUUACUUCCGGUAUAGGAAGGGAUAUUACAGUUGUAAAACCGCUGAAUAUAGAACUUCCUAGAUCUUUAGUUGAAGUGGUCACUUCUUGGAAUCUCCCAAUGCACACUUGGUUAAGAAAAUAUGUAUUCAAUCAAGUUAAACAUUUCGGAUACUUCUUUGCUAUACUAAUAACGUAUGCAGCUAGUUCCUUACUUCAUGGAUUAAAUUUUCAACUUUCCGCUGUUCUACUAUCCUUGGGAUUCUAUAGUUAUGUUGAAUAUGCAUUAAGAAGAAAACUUGCAAAUCUAUUCAAUUCAUGUAUAAUGGCUAAGAGAUGCAAACAAUCUGACUGUCCAAAUCAUCAAAACAAAUAUUGGAAAUCUUACGUUUUAAGUGCGAACGUGUUUUUUGGUUGUCUAGCCAUUUUCCAUCUUGCUUAUCUUGGUUUGAUGUUUGAUAGUAGUGAUCCAGAGCAAGCUGAAAGCCAUGCUUUAGCAGCCGCUGUGGACUUAAGGACAAACUUAACAAUUGAAAUAUCUGAAAAACCUAACUUUCAAGCAGUGUUUCUCAAUCGUGAUUGGCUUAUCGAUUUACAACUAUCUGAUUUGGUGUCUUUUAGUCACCGUUUACAUUUACCCAACACACCUCAGGAGCCGUCCGACGAUGACUUCACGAUUUUGUGCCAGUUGUUAAAUAUCAGCAGAUCAGAUACAUGGAAAGCCCUUGAUCUAGCAAAAAUAUCAGCCGUUUGGCUAUUUCUUUGUAUAUGUAGAUACAGAAUGAACUCAGGAUUAUCAUUAGCCUUUACGACGGAAUUGCCUAUAGGAGCUGGAUUGGGUUCAUCCGCUUCUUUUGGAUCCUGCUUAAGUUAUGCCUUCCUCCUACAUUCCAAGAGUGGUCAAGAGCCAUUCAAUCCAGAAAACAUAAAUUUAUCUUUAGUAAAUGAAUGGGCUUUUAUUAGCGAAAAGCUUUUACACGGAAAUCCAUCUGGAGUUGAUAAUGCAACAACAGUUUAUGGAGGUGCUAUGCUCUUUAAAUCUGGUCAUUUUACUAGAGUCCGAAUGCCCACUUUUCGAAUUGUACUAAUCGAUACAAAAGUUAACAGAAGCACUAGGGAAAUAGUUGAAGGUGUUCGAGAAAGAUAUGAGACCAACAAAUCUAAAUAUGAAAAAGAAAUGCAUGUCUUUGAUCAAAUUACUUUAAAAGCAAAAAAUAUUUUUGAAGAUAAUAUGUCCUACGAUAAGUUUAAAGAAUUUGAACAAUGUAUUAUUGAAAAUCAGUGUGCUCUGGAUAGAAUUGGUGUGGGUCACGAAAAAAUAACUAAGGUUUUAAAGGCAGCUGGAAUGUUUAAGAUAACAGGGAAACUAACUGGAGCAGGAGGAGGUGGUUGUCUCUUCGUUCUAAUACCCGAAAAGUUCCCAGAGAAAGAAUUAAAAGAGCUUAGUUCUCAAAUAGAACAAAUGGAUUGCAGAGUUUAUAUUACAAAAAUUGGUGUUCAGGGGAUCAAUUGCUCUGUUUGUUUAUAA